GAUAGAUCAGCUAAAUUCCACUACACAAAUAAAGCUCGCAGUUCGCAAAGGGAAGGCGUCGCUUUUACAAACAUCACACCUCACAAAACAGGAUGGGAACACAACAUCACGUGGACAGGCCUUCUUACCGGUUGUCUGUCAGUCCGCCCUCAGGGCUUAAAAACCCCGCGCGCCUUCAAGCGACGCUGUCAACUGAUUUCAAAACAGCAACGUCACAAAAUGUGUUCUUGACAUCGAUGAAGUUCCUCGUUGAAGUACUUCCAAGUAUUGCCAAGAAGUUGUUUCGCUGAUUCACAACAACAAUAACAACAACAACAACAACAACAACAACUACAGCAAACUGUCAUCUUUCUCGAGACAAGUGUGAAUGCCGAUGACGCCGCGGUGAAAUGAAAUGAAAGGGGAAGUGAAACUAAAGGCGACGGGUUACGACGCAAACGGAGAAGCUCGGAGACAACACGUAAAACAAUUGUAAAAGGUGCCGCACUCUUAAGGUACCCCUGUCAGAAUGACGUCACCAAACAACCUGUACUUCAUCUUAACAAGAACGUCCGAAUGCCGGGUCGGCUCUGCUGGCUGCAUCUGCUACAUGAGUGAAGCCAAGCACAGAUCACUGACGAGAAGAUCGCCGCCUCCCACGAAGUUGCCCGUCUGCUUCUGGGGCUCAAGUCUUUUUCUGGAUUAUGACAUAGAGGUGAGCAGCCUGGGAGAGCUGAGUGCAGAGGAAGCCGAGCUGCUGCAGGCCCUGCCCGACAAACAGGAGAGGCUGCACUGGUUCCAAGAGAGAGAAGUCCUGCAGGCGGCCCGUGGACUCACCGUGGGCAGCGCCGUGACAGUCCUCCAAGGAAAAGAGAGGCUGAGAGGCAUCGUUCGCUUCGUCGGAAGAAUCCCAAUCUCGUAUUCCUCUCCUCCGCCGGGCUGGUUCUUUGGCAUUGAGCUGCAGGGAGAAGACCGGGGGAAGGGGGAUACUGAUGGGAUCUGCCAGAAUAAAACCAUUUUCCCCUGUGCGAAAGAUUGUGGCGUUUUUGCCGAGUUCCACCGGGUCAGGCCUGUGGCACCCAGCUCCUUGUCCCCCUCCAGCCGGAAGCACUCCGAAACAGACGAGGUGGCUCCAGGAGACCGAGUCACUUACUUCGUCGAGGAUAAGUGCCAGCAUGGAAUGGUGUUGCAUGUGAAGGAAAAGGACGGAGAACAUUGUGUUCGGAUCUCCACAGACUCAAAUGACGAAGUUGAUGUUCCACUGGAUUACGUGGCUAAGGGGGAGGUGACCCCAGAGAGCAAGGACACUGAAACCACUCCAGUGGAAAAAGACUGUGCGGAUCUGAGCCUAAACUCUGUGGUGGAGGUGACCUUGGCUAAGGGCACCUCUUAUGGAAUCAUCCGCUGGAUCGGCACUCCGCAGGGUUGUCCGGACACCAUGGCUGGCCUCGAGCUGGACGAACCCGAUGGAGUGAGUGAUGGCACCUUCAAAGGCAAGCGUUUCUUUGAUUGUGCCCCGAAGAAAGCACUGUUUGUGAAGCUUAGAUCCUGCCGUCCUGACUCGCGAUUUCAGAGUACAGCGGCUGAUUGCAGCGAGAAGAUGCUGGAAUCGGACACCGCAGGUCAGAACAACACAGGGCACAGCACGGGGAUGCUGGGGACCGUUCCUCCUGUCGGCACAGAGCAGGUCAGCCACAUUCUGAUUGGGCGAAUGAAGGGGAUCCAAGGCCACUACAACUCCUGCUACAUGGAUGCUGCCCUUUUCAGCUUGUUCUCCUGCUCCUCCGUGUUAGACGCCAUGCUGUUUAAACCCACAGAACCGCAAGAUGCCCCGAUUCAAAGCACACUGCUCAACGACAUCGUUAAUCCCCUCCGCAUUAAGGGCUUUGUGGAAGGCCGGCACAUCAUGAAGCUACGGCAGCAGCUGCAGAGCCACGGCUACAGUAAAUCCUUCACCACAGAUGAGAAGGAUCCAGAGGAGUUUCUUACUGUCAUCAUGCACCACAUUCUCGCACUGGAUCCUCUACUGAAACUCUCCAUGGGCGGUAAAGUGCAGGAAAGUUACUGCUAUCAGAUCUUCUUAGACCAGAACCACAGCCUGGUGCUGCCCACCGUCCAGCAGCUGCUGGAGCAUUCCUUCCACCAUGCAGGACUGAAACUGGCCGAGGUGCCUCCCUGCUUCAUCCUCCAAAUGCCUCGCUUUGGAAAGAAAUUCAAGAUGUUUGACAGGAUCAUUCCAUCUCUGGAGCUGGACGUCACCAACCUUCUCUCUGAAGGUCCUCAGCAGUGCAUGCUGUGUGGAGACUUGGCACAGGCAGAGUGCACCGACUGUUUUAAAGAUCCCAUAUUCAGUCAGACGGGAUUCAAAAUCUUCUGCCAGAAGUGUUCGUCACAGGUGCACGCUCAUCCUCAACGCCGGUCCCAUCAACCAGUUGCGCUGGACAUCCCCAGGGGUUAUAUGAGUCACGGCAUGACUCACACGCUCAUCCGAGACAAGCUGGAGCUGUUCGCGGUGCUCUGCAUCGAGACGAGCCACUACGUGUCUUUCAUCAAGCACGGACCCAACAGCCAAGACUGGAUCUUCUUUGACAGCAUGGCAGACAGACAGGGAGAGAAAGAUGGAUUCAACAUCCCGGAGGUUCACGCCUGCCCCGAGGUUGGCAUGUAUCUGGAAAUGUCUCCCAUGGAGCUGGCCAAUCAGGUGCCUCGGGACAUGAAAGGUGUGGCCAAACGUCUCUUUUGUGACGCCUACAUGUACCUGUAUCAGAGCCCCAACAUGUGUCUCUAUCGCUGAGGGGACACCACCCCGUAGCUUGCUUACUGCAUAACAUGUAAACUGGAGAAGAAUAUCAGUUGCCUUUGCUGUUCAUACAAUAACCUUUGUGCAAAGGUAUGUUUUUCUUAAUGAAUGUGGAAGUACACACAUGAACAUUCAAAUCUUGUGUGUGUUGUUUUUUCAUUUUUAUUUAAUAUAUAAUUAUGUGUGCAUAUAUAUCUAUAGAGAUAUAUAUCUAUUUAGAUAUCUAUAUAAAAAAAUACAGGGAAGUAAUUUUCAGGCUGAUUUAAAACAAUAUGGUUUUCCUGUCUGUUCUGCUGUAUGAAGAAAGAGUACAAGCUGACAUUAUUUUUCAUUAUCAAAAUUGACAAUCACUGACAUGUGGGAGAAAAUAUAAUUUAUGUACUGUAUUAUGAUUUUGUAGUUCACUGUUUCCUGGUGUUUUAAAGGUUAUAUUUACAAUUUUUAUACCGAGAUGAAAUGAGUGAAAAAAAAACACCAAAGAAGACACCAUAAUAAUGAUUUCGAGUGGCAUUUUUAAAAAUUGUGUCAUUGCACACAAUGAUAUUAAUUUAUAAUUAGGUUUUCUAAUCAGGGUUUAGUUGGCUUGACCAGUUCCUUUAUAAAGUUAAGAAACACAAUUCCUUUCAGUUUUCAACAUGAUAAUGAUUUCUUGUAUGAAGUCCACACAUUUUUUCUUUUCAUAUUCAGUUGGGAAUGGAAAAUCCAAAAUUUGGUCAGUCAUCACGCUAGGAAAUACAAAUGGCAUUGCCUCAAACAUUCAUCGCAUGAAUCCCUUCUAUGUUUCACUGCCGUAUUGAUGCACAUGGCUCAACCUUGUAUGAGCACCGCUGGUUCCAGAUCCAGAAAAAAAAUUGGUACGUUUUUGAACCCAUUUUUUGUAUUUGGGGAAAAAACGUCUUCGCACGAGAUAUGAAUUGUAGCAGAAUAUUUUUGUAAUAUAUACACAUUUUUUUAAAGUUAAGGGGAACUUUAAAAUGGCUGAAUUUGUAUUGUUGAAGGUCACAGCCUGAAGUUUGGUGAAAAAUUGUGAGGAAGUGCUUCAUCUGCCCAACUUUCCUAAGGUUGUCUGCACGAGGUGUCCCCCAGGGAUCAUUGAUUGGUCCCCUGUUGUUCAGUUUGGACUUGCUUCUUCGCAACAUUACCAUCUAAUAUGCUGAAGACACAAUGCUUUCUACUUGGAUUCUCUCCCCUGAAAAGGGAGGCCAAACAGUUGAGUGUAUCAGUAAAUUAACUUAGCUGUCUAUUAGCUACUUUACUUUAUCGUUCAUAUUUGUCUUGGGAAAAGGUCCUCACAGGUCCUAAACCUUUGGCUUAUCUUUGAUCUGAGGCUUUGAUUUCACUUACCUUUCAUUUUCUGUUAUUGUGUCAUGUGACUUAACAUGACUACAAAUUGGAGAGAGCAAUGUUGUAAGAAUUUGUGGUGUUCAGAAUGGAUAGAUUAUUCUUAUCUAAAUUUAAUUUGUCAAUAAAACACAAAAUUCCAGAACAAAACUAGAUUUAGACACAAAACCAUAUAACAGGGUCCAGGUUUAAAAAUAUGGAGAAUGUCCAUUUUGAAAAUUAUAUUUUGAUUUUGAUUAAAUAUAAAAGUCUGAUGUCAUUAUAUCAGUGCUCAGAUCAUUAUUUUGUCAAUUUAGAAAAUCUAAAUAUUUCUGGCUAUUCAGAUGAUCAGACCAUGUACUCUCACACAAGCCUUUCGAUUGUUGAAUCUGUUGAAUAAAAAAUGUAUCACUCCG